AUGGGAGAAAACUCAAUUAAUAAUGGAAGUCCAAGUCAAUUCUAUUUUGCUUGUCGUAAUAAUGAUAUUGAGACAGUACGUCGUCUGUUAGAUGAAUAUCCAUUAGAAGAUUUAGAUAAAAUGGAAUCUAAUGGAAGUACUGCUUUACAUGCCGCUUGUUUUUAUAAGAAUAUUGACAUUGUUAAAUUAUUACUUGAUAGAGGUUUUACUCGACGUGUUAUAAAUAAAUAUAAUUAUAAACCACUUGAUGAGUGUGAAAGUGAAGAAAUUCGACAAUUAUUUAUACGUCCUAAAGUAUCGAAUCGAUUUGGAGGAGAUGUAUCAUAUGAACAAGAAAAACUUACAUGGAUUAUUAUUAAUAAAAAUGAACAAAAUAUUAUUCAUGAUCGUGUAUUAGAUACAUAUAAUGGUAAUCGUUUAGAAUAUAAACUAUUUCAUGGUGAUAAAAUUCUUCAACAAUUAGAUAAUAAUAUGUCUAAACUUGAUGUUAUUCGACGUCUUUUUCAUCGUGCUAUAAAUGAAAAAGAUUGUACUCGUUUAAUUCAAGCCUAUACAACGGAUACAGAUUUUUCUAAUCAAAUAAAUAAUUAUUUAAUAAGACAAAGUGAAGAAAUAACAAAUGAUAGUUGUACUCAAGUAAAUGUUAUAUCAGAAUUUAUUGAUACAAUUUUUUUUAAUCAUCAAUUACAUGAACAAUAUCAAUUUCAAGGAAUAUGUUAUCGUAGUAUAAAAAUAAAAUCUGAUAAUGAUCUUAAUAUUUAUCGUAUUGGUACAAAAUUAAUAAAUCGAACAUUUAUUUCAGCAACAAAAGAUCGACAAUUUGCUGAAAAAUAUGUUGCAGAUCGUAAUGCAGAAAAAAAAUAUGCCGCUAUUAUUUCAUUUGAAAUUCGUCAAUUUAAUACAGCAUUAGAUAUUGAAAAUUUAUCAGAAUUUCCAAAUGAAAAAGAAAUAUUAAUUAUGAAUAAAAGAAUAUUUAAAGUAAUACGUAUUAAAAUGAAAAAUAGUUUUGAUGUUGAAAUUGAAUUACGUGAAUCAAAAUCAACACGAGUAAAUCAAAAAGAAAUAUCAAAUGGUUAUUGA